GACCGCAGGCCCGUGCAGGGUUGCCCUGGGACCCUCCCCAGCCCUCCUGCAGUGUCGGGGUCCCCCUGACCCCCAUCCUUUCCUACCCCAGGCGCUACUUCGUGGACCUGAACAGCAUGAAGGAGCACUUCAGAUCCAAGGUGCACAAGAAGAGGCUGAAGCAGCUGCGCGAGGCUCCGUACACGCAGGAGGAGGCUGAACGUGCCGCUGGGAUGGGCUCCUACAUCCCCCCAAAGAAGGUGGAGGUGCAGACCCAGCCCCUCGAGGAGGUCACCGAGAUGGAGGCGUCCAGCUGAGCGCAGGGACAGGGGACUGAGAGCCCGAGUGGCUCUGUAAGGACGUCUUUGUGCUCAGCUUUGUGAGAAAAGUCCAAGCAGCGCCAGCCAGAACCACCCUGCUCCUCCCUGGCCAGGGUGCUAACAAGGAGAAGGAGCCAGCAAGACCCUGGGUGCCCUCACCGAGUGUCCUUCCUCUCCACAAAGGGACAAGCUGCUUGUUCUCUGAGUGCUGCUGGGACUGCACACUUGGCUGUCUGCUUUUGGAGCAGAUUCUGCUCUGUCCUCAGGUCAGCGAUGCACCCAUUAAAAUAUGUAAAAUAAAAUAUGUCAACUAACGGUGUGGCAGCA